AUGCGACCACGUCUCUUCCCUUCGCUUGUGGCGUUCUCGCUAUUGACCGCCCUCGUGGUCUCCCAACCCGACAAUAAUGAUAACAAAAUCACGCCUGAUCCUGCUGACGCCUUGUCCGCCAAUACUGCGGCUUUUCAACGUGCAGACCCCGACCAUAACGGCAUUGUGGAUCCAACUGAAUUUGCGACCUUUACGUCGUCUCUUAAGCAAGCAAUUGACCCAAUUCUGGGCCCAUUAUCGACUGAAACAGCCACGAAUUCGAUCAACAGUGGCAGUGCACGGACCAAGUUACGAACAGGUGGUCCACACAAGUUCUGGUCAGGCUUUGGGAGCGGCAUGUUGACCAUUUGGGCGACGGAAAUUGGGGACAAGACGUUCUUUAUUGCAGCAAUUUUGAGCAUGAGGAAGGACCGUAUUAUCGUGUUUGCAGGAGCAAUUGGUGCCUUGAUUGUGAUGACGGUAUUAUCAGUGAUUAUGGGCGUAGUGGCGACUAAAUUCCUACCACCAAGUGUGACACACUACCUCGGUGGCGUGUUGUUUGUGGUGUUUGGGGUCAAGAUGUUGUACGAUGCACGAGAGAUGAACGCGGUGGGUCCAUCGGAUGAGUUGACGGAAGUGGAGGAAGAACUUAUGGGGAAGAAGGACGAAGACGCCAUCCAGGUCGAACAAGUGGAGGAAGGGAUGCUCAAGACAGAGCCUAUGACGGACGGUAUGAUGCAGGUGUUCUCACAGACGUUUUUCAUGACGUUCCUGGCGGAAUGGGGCGAUCGCUCACAAAUUGCGACGGUGACGCUGUCAGCUACCAAAGACGCGUUCGGUGUCACGCUCGGCGCGAUCCUCGGUCACUCGAUGUGCACGGGCAUUGCUGUCGUGGGCGGCAAGUUCCUGGCCACGCGCAUCUCAGAACGGACUGUGACACUUGUAGGUGGCGUCAUUUUUGUGCUAUUUGCACUGCACUCGUUCGUGACAGGACCCAGUGUGUCGGAGUAG